UUUUACUGUUAGUGAUUUUGUGGCAAUUCUUAAUGUUUACUUUUUAUUGUCAUUUUUUCAUUAAUUAACGAGUAUAUUUUUCAUAUAAAAAUUAAAAAUUUCGAAAUUAAUUUACCCUCAUCAUAGUAUAAACAAAUAAAUUUAUUUGUAAUUGGAAAAUAUAUAAAACAUGGUAGGUACUUGGUUCAUUUACUACCUGUGAAUUUUGAUAUACCUACAUAAUAUAUUAUAAAUAUUAUUAGGAUUUAGUAAUUUUACAAAAUAUAACCGAUAUAUACAUUUUGGAUUCUAAAAAAUAUAUAAAAAUCAAUUUUUUUUUGUUUUCUGAUUUUAGUGAUAACAAGCAUCGGGAGUUGAAAUCUGUAACUGUGCUUAUUUUAAAUUCAUAAGGCCAAUUAUUUUACCAAAUUAAAGAAGAAAAUAUUAGGUACCUGAUUUUCAAUAAAGAAUUUUUCAGAAGUAAACAAAUAAUACAGUAAAGUAUAAAAUGUUCAGUACAAAACUAUUUGAUGUUAUACCUAGGUAUUUUAUAAAACAUUUUUUUUUUUAUUAAUUCACUUUUUUUUUUACUUUGUUAUUUUUUAGUUAAACUAAAAUAUAUAUAAAACACUGUCAACACUUUAAUAUUGAUGCAGAAUUAAAAAUAUUAAUGAAAUAUUAGGUACAUAUUGCAUAAAAAAAGUGUAUGUGUUUUAGUUGUAGUAUUUUGAUUUAUUUAUUAUACAAUUUUCUAUUAACAAUAAUAAAUUUAUAUUGUUUAAGUAUGAAUAGAUUGAUUCUAGGUUGAAAAGUACCAUUUAAGAAAAUUUAGUCACAAAAUAUGGGUUUCCACUAUUACCUAUAAAAUAGGUACUUACUGUUAUAAAUAAUUUAAAUAAAUUUGGUUAAAAAAUACAUUAUCUGGGAAGCAUAAUAUAGUAUCAAAAAUCCACCUUUUUAAACAGAAUAAAUGUUAUCAUCUUAAUUUAGUGAAAUAAUUUAUUUUUAGUUCUAUUUGAUUUCAAGUACAAUGAUUCAGAACUAAAAACACAUUUUUGUUAUAUCGCCUAUAAAAGCAACUGAGACAGCAAAAUGUUAAUGUGAUGCACUCUUAAUUUUAAAUAUAAUAGAAAUGAUUUUAAACUAUAAAGAAAUACUAAUAAAUUGAAAUUUAAAUAUUUUCUUUUUUCAUUCAUGAUAACUGCUAAUUUUUUUUUUUUUAACUUUUAUUUUAAAUGAUAUAUUAGCUUUAUAGUUAUUAUACAUUCUAACAAUAUCGAAUAACAGUCUUAACUUUUUUCAGAUUAUUGUGUAAAUUAGGAAAGGAACAAGUAUCUGCAAAUAUAAUUUAAAAAUUGUAUUUAAUGAAAUUUUAAAGUUCAGUAAGUUAAAUAUACAAUUAUAAUGUUUUUGUAUUUAUUAAAAUUUAAUAUAAUUUAAUUUCAGAUCGAAACAAAAUGGCUACAAGGUGGAGUAGUGACUAUAAUGUUAUUGAGGUUAGAGAUUGUGAUGCUAAUAAAAUGGCUGUGGAUUAUACUGGUUGUAUAGUGUUUUUAGCUGGCCAUGAACAGUAUGGUUUUAUAGAAAUACAUAAAUCAGCAAAUAUUAUAAACUCUAGACCCAUCAAGUAUCCAGUUUAUGCUACAGAAUGGAAUCCAUCCUCUUAUAAUCAACAUAUAUGUGCAUUUGCUUAUAAUAAUCAUGUGCAACUACUCUGUUGGGAAAAUGGUGCUAAUAUGGCAUAUCCGUAUAAUUUGACUGCUCAUACACGAACUGUAUUGGAUUUAAAUUGGCACCCUUCUGAACCAACUAUUCUAGCUUCAUCGUCUAUUGAUACAUUUGUAUAUAUUUGGGAUAUUCGAGCACCUGCUCGACCAGCCAUAUCACUUACAGCUUUUCUUCCAGCUUCAAAAUUGCGAUGGAAUCAUAUGACUGAUAACUUAUUAGCUACUGCUCACAGUGGAAAUGUAAAAAUUUGGGAUCAAAGAAAAGCUUCACAUCCUCUUCAUUAUAUUUCAGCUCAUUUUGAUUGUAUAAACUGUUUAGAUUGGAGUUACACAAAUGAAAACCAAUUAGUUACUUCCAGUUGUGAUUCUAUUGUAAAAUUUUUUGAAAUCAAUAAUCUUAAGAAACCAGAAAGUGUUUUGGAUACCGUGAAUCCAGUUUGGAGUGUUAAAUGUACACCUUUUGGCAAUGGUAUACUAAUUGUUUUGGUUCCUCCAGAGAAAAAUGUGGACAAUAAUUUAUUGUUAUGGAAUUUAAAUACCAUUGAUACACCAGUACAUACAUUUAUUGGUCAUACUGAUACAAUACUAGAAUUUCAGUGGAUGAAAAAUAAUGAGGAUACAUUUGCUGAACAUGAAUUAAUAACAUGGUCUAAAGAUCAGACCCUAAGAUGUUGGAAUGUUGUGCCAUACCUUCAGGAAAUGCCUAUGAUGGAUUAUAUUGUGAGGUCAUGUACUGAUAAUGUGGAUGUUAAUUGUGAUACGCAACACUCUGAAACUAGUGACAUAUCUAGUGAUUCACAUGAUGACAUAAAUGUUGUAAACUUUGAUAAUGAAGUUGAAGGUGCUCAUUUUAAUAUGUCUUCUUGUAGUGAUUCAUGUGGCAGUGAAAAAAAUGAACCUAUUUUAAAUUUACACCAAGAAUUUCUUUCAUUAAAUGUUGGUUCUGAAGUUUUUAUUGAACAAAAAGAUCCUGAUAGACGUGUUUUAAUAGCUUUAGUAAAAAUAAAUAAUAAUUCUUUAACCAUUCAUAUGACAUUUCCUUUAGAUUAUCCUGUAAAUGUUGAACCACGGUUUCAAAUUAGUAAAUGUACUUACGACGAAGGCAUGAAAAAAAAAAUACAUAAAGUAUUAUAUGAUUCAGCUGUAAAACAAGUUGCUAAAAACUUGACUUGUGUACAGUAUUGUCUUCAUGAACUUGUUAUAUUUCUUAGAAAAAAUCGAAUAUCAUUUUCAGAAACUCAAUUUGGUGAAGAUGACAAAAAAACGCACUCAGUUUAUUCUCAAUCGCCAUCACAUUAUGAACGUUCAAGUACUUACAUAUCUAGCCAAGAUUCUUAUAAUAUGCUACAACAUAAGAAUAUGGGAUUAAAAUUUUGUAAUAAUGGUUCAUUGUUGUGGUUUAAUACUCCACCAAAAAGGAAACCGGAUUUCUUUCCAUCUUUGGCAUUACAAAAAAUUGACAACACAAAUAAUACUCCUGCACAAAAACUUCAACCCUUUUGGUUCAGCAAUAAGGGUUCUAAAACUGAUGGUAGCAAUCGAAACACAAAGAAUAACAGAAAAGAUCAGCAAUCAGACAAACCGAUAAUUGCAAUUUAUGAUGUAUCGUGUUUAUUUCCAAUUAAUAAAGACUUGGCAAUAAAAUAUGAACUUGAUAUCACUGAUGUUUUCAAAACUUGCUUGAAAAAUGCUUGGAUCACAAAUGGUUUUAAAAGAAAAGAUUUAGUUCAAGCUUGGACAUUGGCAGCAUAUGCUUGUAAUAUAAACUGUGAUUUACAAAACAAGGGUACGUUAAAAAUAGACCAAAUUAAUAGUUGGAAAAAUCAUCCGUUUACAACACAAUUGAUUGAUUCAUUAAUCCAUCAUUAUGCCAGUCAUUCUGAUUUUCAAACUGCUGCUUUAUUGUGUUGUGUGUUCAACCCGAAUCCUGCUUUUAAAAAUAUUGAACAAGAUAGAACUCCAACUCCUGUACUUACACGUUCAAACAGUCUAUCAGAAGGUUUUAUAUUUUCUAGGGGACAAGAAAAUACAAAUGAAUGUUUUGAAAUUUGCGACCAAGGAUUGUUGUUGGAAGAUUCUAAUUCACAAAAUACUGCUUACUAUGAUGAAUAUAAAAAAAUGUAUAUAGAUGUAUUAGAUAAUUUGGGAUUACUAGAUCAGCAAGCCAGUGUUAAAAAAUUUUUAAAACAUCAAACUGACAAAAGUAGUUCUUUUGUUUGCAAAUUUGUAGUUGAGUGCAUUAAAUGCAAAGAUGUUUUGAAAGAUGGAUUCUGCCAUCAAUGUCAACUGUUUAAUCUGAAAUGUUCAUUGUGUAAUUCUACUGUAAGAGGUGCAGCUCAUGUUUGUUUAAAAUGUGGACAUGGUGGUCAUGCUGAUCAUUUAAUUGAUUGGUUUAGUACAGAAACUUUGUGUGCUUUACGUUGUGGAUGUUGUUGCUUAUUUGAAACUAUGUCAAUACUGCAUGUUAAAAAAUAUGAUUCUAAAGACGAUUGAAGAUUUGAUUUUAACAUUCACAAAUAAUCUCAGCUUUAACAUAGUUCCUCUUUAGUUACAAUAUAUCAAAAAUAUUACAUUUUAUAAGUAUGAUAAAUCAUGA